CACGCCUUACGGUGCGAAUGGAGUGAAUGUAUUCAAUACGCGGAACUCAUUCGCUUAGGGAGUCGUCACUCACCCGCUUAUACCACAUAUUGUGAGGCUAUCUUCAGAUAUGUUAAGAGUGUUGAGGACAACGAUGAGUCCGAACUGGAAAGGGCUGUCCAACUGCUACAGGUUGUGCCGUCAGUUCGCGUCCGAUAUUUCGGGAAAUCUGUGACAUUUGAAAAGAGCGCUGUUAUGAGGGCUGAAAAGUAUGUCAACACUAAGGAAUGCUCGGUUUUACCCGAUAUGGUGAGCUUGGUCACAUUUUGCAAAUUGAAUUUAAUAUACUAUUUAAUUUCA